UAAAAUCAACUCUAGAGAGACACAAAGCUAACCAAGCUGUAAAACAACAAAUGAAAGCACAAGAGAAAAAAUCUGAUAAAGGGAAACUUUCUGCUAAGCCAGAUAAGAUACCAUUUAGAGAGGAUGACACUGUUUUAUUAGUAGGAGAAGGUAACUUCUCAUUCACAUUAUCACUCGUCGUUGAUCAUCAAUUUGAACCUGGUCAAUUAACUAGUACUGCGAUUGACACUGAAGAGGUUAGAACAUCGACCUAGAAUAACUACUAGUUUGCUGAUGAGCAUCCCUUUAGGAGGCUUAUGCAAAAUAUGACGAUUGUCGUGAAAUCGUAGAUACACUUAAAUCUAAAGGAGUUAGAGUAUUGUUUCAAGUUGAUGCAACACGUUUAGAUAAAUGCAAGGAGUUAAAUGGAAUGAAGUUUAAUAAAAUAUACUUUGGAUUCCCUCAUUUAGGUCUUGGUAUAAAGGAUCAAGACAGGAAUGUGUUGGUCAAUCAAGCCUUAAUCCUAAGAUUUUUCGCAUCUGCUCAGAAAUUCCUGACGUCAGGUGCAAUAGAUUAUAAUUUUAAGGGCAAGGUGGGACUCGAAAGAGAAGAAGAAGAAGAUAUUCCAGAUAACGAGGAAAAAGGUAGAAAAGGAGUUGUAGUAAUCACCCUCAAGCAGACUAAGCCAUAUAAUCUAUGGAAUCUAGCUGGGUUAGCGAAGAAUCCACCAAUAGAAUUGCCAGAUACGCCAACUAAUAAAGAUAAAGGCAAAUCAGUUAAAUAUAAGAUAUUAAAGAGUACAUCUUUUAAUUUAGAUUUUUAUCCAAAAUACGCUCACAAAAAAACAAAAUCGUCAGAAAAAAAUAAAGUAAAUUAUCAAGAGAUACGCAGCUAUCACUUUAUUGUAAACGACGAAGAAGUAAUUUAAUCAUACUUUAUUAUAUAGAAAUACGCUAUCAUUAGCGAGAACAUGGAUGACUAUAUAAACAAGUUUAGACUUAAUCUAGUCAACCAUCAGCAACAACUACAACAGAAUUUUGAUUACGAUAGAAUUAGUCUUCUAAAUACGACCCAUAAUGAUCUAUCACUUAACUAUCAACAAUCUAGCAUCACAGCUGCACAUGAAUCUAAGAAGAGGAAACAGGCUAUAGUACAGCAAUCACCCCAGCAUAAAAAACAGAGAUUACCUGCACCACCAUCCCCACCUUCAGAGCAAGCUCCCCCCUCACCACCUCAACCACCAGUACAGCAAUUGAAUAUACCUGAAUAUCAAGGUUUAGAUGCUGACUACUGUUUACCUACAACUGCAUUAGAGCGUGCAAAGCAAGUUGAGGACGCUCAAACCGCUAUUUGGUUACACAUUUCAAGGAAAGAAAUUCCAAAAGCUUAUAAAUACUCUACAUCAACUUACACAUCACAUCUGUCAUUUCACAAAAGAAUCAGUCUUCUCACUCAAAGAGAACAACGUAAGUUAACGACACGUACGACAAAGAGCAACAAGGAAGUUCAAGCGAAAGCUAAGAAGGUUAUGAGGGAGGUUCUUUUCCAUUGGAGAAGGAAUGAGAAAGAUGAGCGUGAUGUUCGCAGAAAAGCUGAUAGAGAAGCCUACGAUAGAGCCAGAGCAGAAGAACAAUCGAGAGAAUCUAAGAGACAAGCGCGUAAAUUGAACUUCUUGAUCACUCAGACUGAGUUGUAUUCCCAUUUCGUUGGUAAUAAGAUAAAAACUGAUGAGGCUGAACAAUCUAAUGAUACCGCUGGUGAUCCAAACCUUGAACAAUCGGGUACACCAAUUCAGCCACCUCAAUUCGAUUUUCGCAAGUUUGAUGAAUCUAAUUUGGGUGAUAUCGAUUAUGAUGAUGAGGAUGAAAGCAAUCUUCGUAUGCAUGCUGCUAAGAAUGCUCAACAAGCAUGGCUUAAUACACGUGAUAAAGCCAAUCAGUUCGACAAAAAUGCAGCUGAAGAUAGACGCAAAAAUGAAGCUAUACAAAAGGCCAGAGAGAUGGGUGUUGAAGUCCCUCCAGAAGCCGAACAAGCUCCUUUGGAGAAUGAUGAACUAAACUUCCAGAAUCCUAACCUUGGUGAAGACUCAGUUCAAGUUGAGCAACCAAAAUUACUAGCUGCAGAAUUGAAAGAUUAUCAACUUAAAGGUCUCAAUUGGCUUGCUAAUCUUUAUGAACAGGGUAUAAAUGGUAUUCUUGCAGAUGAGAUGGGUCUUGGUAAAACUGUUCAAUCUAUUUCUCUUAUGGCGUAUCUCGCCGAGAAGCACGACAUUUGGGGUCCUUUCUUGAUUAUCACUCCAGCAUCAACCUUGCAUAAUUGGCAACAAGAAAUUUCUAGAUUUGUUCCAUCACUCAAACCAUUACCUUAUUGGGGCUCUACAAAAGAUAGAGCAGCAUUGAGAAAAUUCUGGCAAAGAAAGGCAAUCACAUACACUAAAGAUGCGCCAUUUCACGUUCUGAUUACUUCAUAUCAGUUAGUUUUAUCUGAUGAGAAGUACUUCAAGAAUGUUAAAUGGCAAUACAUGAUUUUAGAUGAAGCUCAAGCGAUCAAGUCAUCACAAUCUGCAAGAUGGAAUACUUUACUUUCAUUCAAAUGUCGUAACAGACUGCUCUUGACCGGUACACCAGUUCAAAAUUCUAUGCAGGAAUUAUGGGCUUUACUUCACUUUAUUAUGCCUUCACUUUUCGAUUCUCAUGAUGAGUUUGCAGAGUGGUUCUCAAAAGAUAUUGAAUCAAAUGCUGAGAAUAAAGGUGCAAUUAAUGACAAUCAACUUAAGCGUUUACAUAUGAUUCUCAAACCUUUCAUGUUGAGAAGAGUUAAGAAGAACGUGCAAAAUGAACUUGGGGAUAAGAUAGAGAUUGAUGUUCAUUGUGAUUUAUCUCAAAGACAAAGAGCACUGUAUAGACUCUUGAGAUCUAGAAUCUCUAUUACAAGCUUAAUUGAAAAGGCCAGCAAAGGUAACGAUGAAGCUAGUAAGCGCGGUUUGAUGAAUCUUGUCAUGCAAUUCCGUAAGGUAUGUAACCACCCAGAUUUAUUCGAAAGGGCAGACGUCAAGACUCCUUUUGUUAUGUCCAAAUGGUCGAGGUAUAAAUCAACUAGAGAACCAGACGUUCAUUACUGUCCAGAUCAAUUUGAAAGUCUGAUAGAUUUGAAGUUACCACGCUUAAUAGCCGAUGAUGUUGAAAUUGGUGGUGGUGCUGGUACACCAGAAGGUAGAUCGAAAUUUGGAAGCAACAAGUUACAAAGCCUAUUCAAUAUCUGGUCUCCUGAUUACAUACUUAAAUCAAUGCUCAAGGAGAAUUCGCCAUUCGCUUUCCUUCCACAAGCAGGAAUUAGUGCUGAUGAAGCUGCCCGUAUUUUCUCAACUACUGAAUUCUCACGUCUUUUACUUGCAUACAAUAAGGCCAUCGCUCAGAAUGAGCACCAAGGAUAUAACGACGAUGAUGACUUGAUUGCUUCCACAUUAAAUAAGAAGUUCAACAUUACACGACCAUUCCCUUAUAAAACAGACGUCGAAGAGUACGGCGAUAAACCACUCCCCAAGCUUAACGAAAUAGCCUCAAAUAUGAUAUCAAGCUCGGUAUUACUUAGAAGAUCAUCAAAAUACAUGUCAGGCAUUAAGAGAGUUCUGGCACCAUCACCAUAUCCGUAUAUAUUGCAUAGACCAUCACUCGAUCGUAUUGAAUGGCGUACGAAACAAGAUGAUGAGAUCAAUAAGGCUUUCUUCGGUCUACAGACGACACAUUUGAAGGAGAAUACCAAGGCGGUGGAAAGUCUCCCACCAAAUAUCCCACCUGCAGGUUUGGUAGAGAAUAGUGAUAGAAUUCAAUUACCACCUUCAACAAUGACAGUACCUGAACCUAACAAAUUGAUCAUAGAUUCAUCUAAAUUAGUUGCUCUCGAUGAACUACUUCCAAAACUCAAGGCUGAAGGUCAUAGAGUAUUGAUUUACUUCCAGAUGACGAAGAUGAUUGAUUUGAUUCAAGAAUAUUUAAUCUACAAAGGUUACAAAUAUCUAAGAUUAGAUGGUAGUUCUAAAAUCAAUGAUAGAAGGGACAUGGUACAAGCUUGGCAGACUAGUGAUGAAUAUUUCAUUUUCUGCUUGUCUACAAGGGCAGGUGGUUUAGGUAUCAACCUAACAGCAGCCGAUACAGUUAUUUUCUUUGAACAUGACUGGAAUCCAUCAAAUGAUCAACAAGCGAUGGAUAGAGCUCACAGAUUGGGUCAAAAGCGUCAAGUCACCGUAUAUAGACUCAUUACCAAGGGCACAGUCGAUGAAAGAAUUAUUAAAUUAGCUAGAGUUAAAAAGGAUAUCCAAGAUAUGGUCGUUGGUCAGAAACCAGUCGGUGAGAAAGAGAAUUCAGGACCAAAUGAAAGAGAAAUUAUACAAAUGUUGAUGGAAGAAGAUCAAGACCCAAUUGAAGCUGAUAUUAUGGGAGGUAGUAAUGAUCUUGAUACUGAACUUCUUAACGAUGGUACAAAUCUUGAUGACGAUGGUAUGUUCAACGGUGAGGCUAGCAACAAUAACACCGGUAAUGGUACACCAAUGAGUACACCAUCUAAAACAUCAACACCACGUCCAGGCUCUCGUCCAGUUGGACGACCACCUGGAUCAACUAACAAGGAUAGAACGCCUAGCGGACAAAUCAGUCAAGAUGGCAAACCAAAGAAGAGGUUUAGGAGAACUAAAAAGCAAAUGGAGGAAGAUGCUGCUGCCGCCGCCGCUCAUGAGGCUUACCUCAUUAAAGAAGGUAUUGCACCUGAGAAAAAGAAACGUGGUCGUAAACCUAAAUUACAAGUUGAACAAGAGGCACAAGCACAAAGACAAUUUGAGGAAUUACAAGCACGAAAUGCUAUGGCAUCAAAUAAUUGAUUAAAAUUCACCAUGUGUAUUGUAUUAAUUUAUUAUUAUUCUUGAUAAUGU